UCCUUGCUUGCAGCAGUGCCCACUGGCUUCAGGGAUGGUGUCACCUCUGCUCCUAAACCUCCUCCUGCUCCUGGCCUUGGGCUUCAGGCUGAAUAUAGGCCUCAAACCCAAUGACCCCAACACUUGCACCGUCUGGGAGAGCUAUACCACCAUUACCAAGGAGUCACAGUCUCGCCCCUUCAGUCAGCUGCCCCCCAAGCCCUGUGAGCGGCCCUGGGAGAGCCCCGACAACUGCCCGCAACCCACGGUUGUCUACCGGACAGUAUACCGACAGGUGGUGAAGGUCAACCACCGGAAGCGUCUCCAGUGCUGCCCAGGCUUCUACGAGAGCAACGAGGCCUGCGUCCCGCUCUGUGUCCAGGAGUGUGUCCACGGCCGCUGUGUGGCACCAGGCCAGUGCCAGUGUGAACCAGCCUGGCGGGGUGAUAGCUGUUCUAGUGCUUGUGCAUCAGGAGUGUGGGGCCCCAAUUGUGACAAGCCCUGCCCUUGUGGCAACAAGAGUUCCUGUGACCCCAAGAGUGGAGCCUGCCUCUGUCCUGCGGGCCUGCAGCCCCCUUUCUGCCUGCAGCCCUGCCAACCAGGUCGCUACGGACCUGCCUGCCAACUCAGCUGCCAGUGCCAUGGGGUGCCCUGUGACCCCCAGACUGGAGCCUGCCUUUGUCCCCGAGGAAGAAAUAGGACCAGCAUUGAUGACUCCAUCUGCUCCCAGACUGAUCCUUGCCACAAUGGGGGUGUCUUCCAGAAGCCCUUGGGUCCCUGCAACUGCCCCCCUGGCUGGAUGGGCACCAUCUGCUCCCUGCCCUGCCCAGAAGGCUUCUAUGGACGUAACUGCGCCUUGGAAUGCCACUGCCAUAACGGUGGCCUCUGCGACCGCUUCACAGGGCAGUGCCACUGCUUGGCGGGCUACACGGGAGACCGGUGCCGGGAAGAGUGCCCAGUGGGCCAAUUCGGGCAGGACUGUGCUGAGACCUGCGAUUGUGCCCCCGGUGCCCGCUGCUUCCCGGCCGACGGCUCUUGUCUCUGCGAGCCUGGCUUCACUGGGCACCGCUGCUCCGAGCGCAUGUGCCCGGAAGGCUUCUACGGCCUCAGUUGCCAAGUGCCCUGCACCUGCGACUCCGAGCACAGCCUCAGCUGCCACCCGAUGAGCGGGGAGUGCCUGUGCCUGCCGGGCUGGGAAGGCCUGCACUGCAAUGAGAGCUGCCCGCAGGACAGGCACGGGCCGGGCUGUCAGGAGUACUGCCUGUGUCUGCACGGCGGAGUGUGCCAGCCUGACAGCGGCCUCUGCCGGUGCAAGCCCGGCUACACGGGCCCGCACUGCGCCAGCCUGUGCCCGCCCGAUACCUACGGACUCAACUGCUCUGCGCGUUGCUCCUGCGACAAUGCCCUGGCCUGCUCGCCCGUCGACGGGGCCUGCAUCUGCAAGGAAGGUUGGCAGCCUGGACGUUGCUCUGAGCCCUGCCUGCCUGGGACCUGGGGCUUUGGAUGUAAUGCCACUUGCCAAUGUGCCAAUGGAGCAGCCUGCAGCCCCCAAACUGGAGCUUGUACCUGCACCCCUGGAUGGCAGGGGCCCCACUGUGACCAGCACUGCCCGAAUGGACAGUUUGGUGAAGGCUGUGCCAACCGCUGUGACUGUGAUCACGCUGACGGCUGUGACCCAUUUCAUGGACAUUGCCGGUGCCAGGCUGGCUGGACAGGAACACGUUGCCACCUGCCUUGUCCUGAGGGUUUCUGGGGAGUAAACUGCACCAACACCUGCACCUGCAAGAAUGGGGGCACCUGCAUUCCUGAGAACGGCAACUGUGUGUGUGUCCCUGGAUUCCGAGGCCCCUCCUGCCAAAGAACCUGCCAGGCCGGCCGCUAUGGCAAGCGCUGCGUACCCUGCAAGUGUGCCAACCACUCCUCCUGCCACCCCUCCAAUGGGACCUGCUACUGCCUGCCUGGCUGGACAGGCCUUGAUUGUUCUCAGCCUUGCCCUUCUGGACACUGGGGAGCUGACUGUACCCAGUCCUGCCAGUGUCACAAUGGUGGAACCUGCCAGCCGCAGAAUGGGAGCUGUUUCUGCUCUCCAGGCUGGACUGGACCCCACUGCUUGGAAGGCUGCCCUCCAGGAAUGUUUGGCGCCAACUGCUCCCAGCCAUGCCAGUGUGGUUCUGGAGAGAAGUGCCACCCGGAAACUGGGGCCUGUGUGUGUCCCCCUGGCCACAGCGGUGCUCCCUGCAUGAUUGCAAACCAGGAGCCCUUCACCAUGAUGCCUACCUCUCCAGUGGCCUCUCACUCCUUGGGGGCUGUGAUUGGCAUCGCCGUGCUGUGCUCCCUGGUGGUGGCCCUGGUGGUGCUGUUCAUUGGCUACCGCCAUUGGCAAAAGGGCAAGGAGCACCCCCACUUGGCAGUGACCUACAGCAGCGGGCACCUGGAUGGCUCUGAGUAUGUCAUGCCAGAUGUCCCUCCCAGCUACAGCCACUACUACUCCAACCCCAGUUACCACACCCUGUCACAGUGCUCCCCGCGGCCCCCACCCCCUAACAAGGUUCCCGGGGGUCAAUUCUUCGCUAGCCUCCAGGGCCCUGAACAGCCAGGGGGAGCCCAAGGACUUGACAGCCAUGCCACCCUGCCAGCCGACUGGAAGCACCGACGAGACCCUCUGCCUGGGCCUCCAGAUAGGGGAAGCGGCCACCUGGACCGAAGUUACACCUACAGCAAUGGCAGCGGCCCAGGCACCUUCUUCAGUAAAGGGUCCAUCUCUGAGGAAAGGUUGAGGGCCAGCAAUGCCUCCCUGAGCAGCGAGAACCCCUAUGCCACCAUUCGAGAUCUCCCUAGCUUGCCCGAAAACCCCCGGGAGAGCAGCUACGUUGAGAUGAAAGGUCCCCCCUCAGGAUCCCUGCCCAAGCAGCAGCGGCAACUUCGGCCCCAGAGAGACAGAGACAGUGGCACAUAUGAGCAGCCCAGCCUCCCCAUGGCGCGUGACCGAGACCAGGAAGGUUCCCAGUCCUUAUUGCAGCCAGGCCUGCCUCCUGGCCACUACGAUUCACCCAAGAACAGUCACAUCCCUGGACACUAUGACUUGCCCCCUAUCCGACAUCCUCCGUCCCCACCGCUCCGGCACAAGGACCACUGAGGGCCGGGGAGUCAGUGUGUAGAGCGCAGUCCAUCUGUGCUCAGCUGCCUGCGGCUGGGACGCAGCCUGGGUGCCCUGCCAGGAGCUGGGAGAGCCCAAUAGCACCCUUUGUGGAAACACCUGGUGAGGAUCCUGACCACAUCAGGAGUCCACUGGGAAGACUGUUGCCCACCGUCAUGAGUCCUGUGUAUAUAGCAGAAUAACCGUGGAAUGUUGUUGGAGAA